UUUCAGUGCUCGUAACUUAUUUCUCUAAGCUUUACAAACUUGGUAUUAAACCCUAUUCUUAUACACUUUCUCCUUCUCACACCAUUCAACAAUGGAUAAAAGUUGCAUAUGGAUGAGGCGUAUUAUGCUUGGAAUUUAUCCCCUACCUUUCACCCAAACGCCCUCUUCAAUCUCCACCCUUAAAUUUCCACCAUCUUCAUCAUCUUCUGUAAUCUCUUUCUUCUCAAAUCAUCAACUCAAACGCUCUUUCUCUGCCACCCCUUGUUCCUCAUCUCUUUCUCUUUACUCCAUUGACAAUGAUACAGUCUCUAAUCCCUUCAUUUCCAGAACUGAUGAGACUCAUUCCAACGAAGAAAAGUUAAGGACUUUGCUAAAAGGAAUGACAUAUGAUGAGCUUGAAAAAUGGGUCCAGUCACAUGGUUAUAGGCCAGGUCAGGCGAUGAUGUUGUGGAAACGCCUUUAUGGUAACAACAUCUGGGCUCAUUGCUGUGAGGAAUUGGAAGGUUUAAACAAGGAUUUCAAAAAAAUGUUGAGUGUUCAUGCAGAUUUUACGGCAUUGUCUCUGAAAGAAAUUCGCUCUGCAGUUGAUGGAACUAAAAAGAUAUUAUUCACAUUGGUGGAUGGAUUGGUGAUUGAAACAGUUAUAAUCCCUUGUGAUAGAGGAAGAAAUACAGUGUGUGUUUCAAGUCAAGUGGGCUGUGCUAUGAAUUGUCAGUUCUGCUUUACUGGAAGGAUGGGAUUAACCAGACACCUUACUACUGCUGAGAUUGUAGAACAGGCUGUCUUUGCUCGGCGAUUGUUCACUAAAGAAGUUGGGUGCAUUACAAAUGUCGUCUUCAUGGGCAUGGGAGAACCAUUUCAGAAUAUUGAUAACGUAAUUAGAGCUGCAAACAUAAUGGUGGAUGAGCAUGGACUCCAUUUCAGUCCACGAAAAGUUACUGUUUCAACCAGUGGACUGGUCCCACAGCUGAAGCGUUUUCUCCAUGAAUCCACUUGUGCUCUUGCCGUUAGCUUAAAUGCGACUACUGAUGAGGUGAGAAACUGGAUCAUGCCUAUCAAUCGGAAGUAUAAUUUAGAGUUACUUCUUGGGACACUUAGAGAAGUAUUGAGACAUCGACGUAAUUACAAAGUUCUAUUUGAAUAUGUGAUGCUUGCUGGAAUCAAUGACAGCAUGGAGGAUGCAAAGAGACUUAUUAAUCUUGUUCAAGACAUUCCCUGCAAGAUCAAUCUCAUCCAAUUCAAUCCUCAUAGUGGGUCCCUCUUCAAGCCGACUGAAGAAAAGAAGAUGAUCGAGUUCAGGAAUGUUCUGGCCACUGGAGGGUGCACAGUGUUCCUACGAUUCAGCAGGGGUGAUGAUCAAAUGGCAGCUUGCGGCCAACUAGGAAAACCCGGUGAAUUUCAGGCUCCUCUGCUUCGAGUUCCUUCUCAGUUCAAGAAAGUAUUGAGCGCCUGAUUUUAGAUUACAUCUUAGUAAGCUUGUUAAGUCAUUUCCAUGCUGUAUAUCCAAGCCAAGUGUAGCUCUUCACUUUUUCUUUUGAAACUGUAGCCCUUCAGGAGUUCAGGUAUGUUAACACAAGAUAGAAAUUUGUGCAAUUGCCUAUUGUUAAUACUGAUCUUCGUUAUGACUUAUGAGUUUUCCCCUUUACCA